CUCCGCACUAACAGUCACUACAGUCGAACACAGAGUUCUGCCAGUGCAGGAAUGUAGCUACUAGCUAACCACUUUCUUCCAUUCGCCAUUAAAAGACGGUGAUUUCAAACGAAAAACAGCAGCCACGGGAACCAUGUCACACCAUAAUGCGGUGAACGGAUGCAAACUGGUCGCUGUGCUUCUUCUUUGGCUUGGUGCCUCUGCUGGAGACAAACACACAGGUCAUGCUCAUGCUGCAGAGCAGCAGGAGCACACGGCACACAGCUCUGUUGGAUUGGACAAGGUGGUGUUAGUGAUCCAAAGUCAGAGGAACUCCUUCCACGCCCGCCGAGGCGGUCAGAGAAAGGUGGAAGUUCUGAAGCAGGCAGCUGAACUGGGACAGGGAGUUCCAGUUGUUCUUCUUCUCCAUGAGCUGUCAGAGUAUGAAGGGGAUUGGAGUAUCCUCCCUGUGCUUCCUUAUCUCUCUGCCAAUUAUGGCCAGUCAGCAUCCUGGUUUUUCUUCAUAGAGGAGGAAACCAGCGUCGCACUGCCUGCUCUGCUGCAGGUCCUCCACAGAUAUCAAGUCCAAGAGGAAUGGUUUUUGGGUAAGCGUCUCCAAGACAACGAGGCCUCCAUUAUCCACCACUAUGCGUUCUCUGAAGACCCCAGUUCCUUUAGUUACCCUGAUCCUGCCGCAGGCUGGGCUCUCAGCACGCCACUGCUCCAGAGACUCACUGAGCGGAUCCAACACGAGCAUCCAAAGUCAGAUUUUACCAUCGACCUGAAACAUGAGAUUGCGUUGUAUAUUUGGGAGGAAGGAAAUGGACCAAAACUGACAGCAGUUCCAGAGUUUUGUACAGAGACGAGAGACAACUGUGCUACGACAUUUGCAUCGUACCUGCCCAACUGUGGAGAUCCGGUGUCGAAGAAUGACGUAUUUGUUGCUGUGAAAACUUGCCAAAAAUUCCACUCAGAGCGAGUACCAAUCGUGAAGGCAACCUGGGAGAAAGACGCUGGGUUUUUAGAGUAUUACAGCGAUGUCACUGAUGCCUCCAUACCCACAAUCAGUCUGGGAGUGCCCAACACUGAGAGAGGGCAUUGCGGGAAGACAUUUGCCAUCUUAAGGCAAUUCUUGAGCAAAGCUGUGCCCAAGGCUGAUUGGCUACUCAUUGUUGAUGAUGAUACACUCAUCAGUUUACCCAGGUUGCGGCGACUGCUGCGUUGCUAUGACCCAAAGGAAGCAGUGAGCCUGGGGGAAAGAUACGGCUACAGCUUGCUUCAGAACGGAUACAGCUACACCACAGGAGGAGGAGGGAUGGUGCUCAGUCGGGUAGCGGUGUCCAGGCUAGUUUCCAGUGGUUGUCGCUGCUACAGUGAUGAUGCUCCAGAUGACAUGGUGCUGGGCAGGUGCAUCACUUCCCUGGGUGUUCCCAUCACACACAGUCCACUGUUCCACCAGGCCCGACCGUAUGACUACUCUGAGACAUUGGAGCAAGCUGUCUCCUUCCACAAGCACUGGAACAUAGAUCCUGUGGUCGUCUACAAACACUGGCUGCAGGACACCCACCAACGAGAUGAACUGUAGAAAGACAGUGUGUAUACAGUAUGUACACCGUAAUCUAAACAAACAUUCAAUCCAAAUUUGCUCAACAGCGUAGAGCAAACAAGCAGCAACCACUACAGUGACUGUGAUGUCCAGAGAGACCUGGAAAACGUGCCCUGAAACGACUUGUUUAAGCGAUCGCAGAGAAUUAUCACCCAACUCUGCAGCUCUACAGAGUGUCACUGCUGUCACUUUACCCCCAGACAAAAUUUGAAUUAUGAGCCAAGAUUUAAUUUAUUGAAGAAAGACUGAUAAUAUAUUUGAUAUAAUGUCAACAGUGUGAUCUGAUGUGAUCUGUGUUUUAUUGGUGAAGAGACAUCCAGUGUGUUCUUUUGUUUUAUUCAAUUAGCCAGGUAAGGCCCUUCGAGGUUGGAAAACUCUACGGAGACCUGGUCAUGACUGCACGCCAAAAAAGUUUCAAACAAAACAAUACAAAAUCAGGCAACAGCUAAAAUAAAAUACUAAACAGGUAACAAUACUAACAUGCUAAAAUACAUGUCAGCUAAGAGUAGAGACAAUUAACAAAGGAGUCAUUUACCAUAUAACUUACAAUAGGCUUAAUGAUAAUAACAUGAUGUGUAAAUGUAAAUUUUUUUUUAUGAACUUGCUGGUUACCACAUGGAAUAGGAUUAUGUGAAUGAGUCUCUAAUGGGAGAAUUUAAAAUAAUUUGUAGAAUGUUAUCUUUGAUCUGUGAACAGCAGAACUGUGUGUUUGUGGCUUAGUCAUUGUGGAUGGGUGUAAAAGUAAUUACAGCCACAGAUAGCAAGCCAGUGUUAAAAUGCCAUUUUGCAGCUGUUUUCAUGAAUAUGCUAGCUAGCUGUGCUAGCUAAAAACCUGUUUGCAUUUUUUAAUAACUGUAAAAGAAAAUAUCCAUUGGAUUUAACGAAACGUUUUUGUACAUGUUUUUUUUUUUGCUUCAUUACAGAUUAUUAUGUGCUUGAAGUGAGAAUCACAUGCUGUAGGACACAAACUCAAACACGCGCACAGAGCAACUGAGAAUUAUGUCUUUCUUUCUCCACUUUUCUUUUAUGUAGAAAAUAACACACAGUUAAUACCGCACUUUAACGAAUUACUACCUAAUGGUAGACAUGAAGUUGUAGUAAACAAACGGAUUCUGCUAUUUUGGCAAAGAUUCUUUCAAGAAAUAGGUUUGAUCUUAAGAGACCGUCAUAGACCAAUAA